AUGCCAGAAGUUGCACCACAAGUCAAGUUCGGUAACACCGGGUUAAAGAUCUCACCCAUUCUCGUCGGGUGCAUGUCUUAUGGAUCGAAAUCCUGGUCAGAAUGGGUUGUUGAGGAUAAACAGAGAAUUUUCAGCAUUUUGAAACAUUGUUACGACAGAGGGUUACGUACUUUCGAUACUGCUGAUGUUUAUUCUAACGGGAUGAGUGAAAGAUUGGUUGGUGAAUUUUUACGCCAUUACAACAUCAAUAGGGAAACCGUGGUUAUUUUAACCAAAGUAUAUUUCCCCGUCGACGAAAGUAUCCAGCUCACCCAUUCAAACAUUGCUUCUACUGAUAAUGGCUUAACUCUGGCUAAUCAGAGAGGCCUUUCGAGAAAGCACAUUAUCGCAGGCGUAAAGGGCUCCGUGGAGAGAUUGGGAACUUAUAUCGAUGUCUUGCAAUUGCACAGGUUGGACCACGAUACCCCAAUGGAAGAAAUCAUGAGAGCCCUAAAUGACGUUGUCACUCAAGGUGAUGCUCGCUACAUUGGUGCCUCUUCCAUGUUGGCAACAGAAUUCGCUGAAUUGCAAUUUAUUGCGGAGAAGCACGACUGGGUCAAAUUUGUUAGUUCACAAUCCUGUUACAACCUGCUUUACAGAGAAGAUGAGCGUGAAUUAUAUCCAUUUGCUCACCGUCACAACAUUGCGCUUAUUCCCUGGUCACCACUGGCAAGAGGUGCGUUGUCCCGCCCACUAGGUGCAAAUACCCAACGUGGGAGUACCGACAAAGGUUUCCAGAGAUUUGGAUUUGCUGAAUUAGAGGCUCAUGAGCAAGAAAUUGUCAAGAGAGUGGAAAAAGUCGCUAAGGAUAAAGGGAUCUCAAUGGCUACUUUGGGAACAGCAUGGGUUCUAAGUAAAGGAUGCUACCCAAUCGGUGGGUUCAGUAGUGAAGAAAGAGUCGAUGAAGCUCUAAAGGCAUUGGAUGUCAAGCUAACAGAUGAAGAGAUCAAAUAUUUGGAAGAACCAUACAAGCCCCGUCCUCUGGCAGUCUAA